CAGCACCGGAAGCACCUUUUCUCCCGCCGUCUUGAAAUAUCCGCCAUAUCAGUGAAGGCAACAUCGUCGUGAUGUCUUUGCGUGUGGAUAAAGACGCCUUUUUCAGGCGAAUGAAGAGGAUUUAUACCUCUUGGGCACAAUCGUCUGGAGAUGACAGCUUGGCAAAGAUAGAUGCAAUUGUAACAGCAGUAGGCGUGGAUGAAGAUGUUGUCUACUCCAAGUCUACAGCUCUCCAGACAUGGCUGUUCGGAUAUGAGUUGACAGACACGGUGAUUGUGUUCUGUGAGAGUGGAAUCUACAUCCUGGCGAGUAAGAAGAAGAUUGACUUCCUGCGUCAACUGGAAAGUGCCAAGGAGAAUGACCAGGGUGUACCACCGAUCAAACUUCUCACCAGAGACAAGGCGGACAAGGACAAAGCUAAUUUUGCUAAACUGACAUCAUCCAUCACCGACAGUAGAAAGGGCAAGAUAGUAGGAGAGUUCAGCAAGGACAAAUUCCCCGGGGACUUCAUGAACGACUGGAGGGCAGCCCUCAAGUCAGCAGGCUUCGAGAAGUCGGACAUCAGCGUGCCAAUGGCGUAUAUUAUGGCUCCAAAGGAGGAGUCGGAGCAGAAGACGAUACAGAAGGCUUGUCAAGUCACGUGCGAUGUGUUCCAGAAGUACCUCAAGGAAAACAUCAUGGAGAUCAUCGAUGCUGAGAAGAAAGUGAAACACUCCAAGUUGGCUGAUGGCGUGGAACAGGCUCUCCAGAACAAGAAGUAUGUGACGGGGGCGGACACCUCCCAGCUGGACAUGUGUUACCCUGCCAUCAUCCAGAGCGGGGGCAAGUACUCCCUCAAGUUCAGCACCGUCAGUGAUGACAGUCCAGUUCACUUCGGCACUAUUGUCUGCUGUUUGGGAGCACGCUACAAGUCAUACUGUUCCAACAUCUGCCGCACACUCCUUGUGGACCCUACAGACGAGAUGCAGAAAAACUAUGACUUUCUUCUGAAGGUGCAGGACGAGAUCCUCGGCAAACUCCAACAUGGUACCAAACUGAAUGAGGUUUAUGAAGCAGUGAUGAAGCUGGUCAAGUCCGAGAAACCCAACCUGAUGGAGAAGAUGACCAAGACUUUCGGCUUUGCGAUGGGUAUCGAGUUCAGGGAGGGCUCCUUGCUCAUCUCACCGAAGACCAAUUCUCCUGCCAAGAAGGGAAUGGUGUUCAACGUGAAUAUUGGUUUUUCUGGUCUGACGAACAAGGAAGGCAAAGACGAACACUCUAGGACAUACGCCCUGUUCAUCGGGGACACAGUCCUUGUCAAUGAGAAUUCCUCUGCCACGGUUCUGACCAGUGUCAAGAAGCGUAUCAAACACAUCGGUAUCUUCCUCAAGGACGAAGAGGAGGAGGAGGAGGAAGAAGAGGAAGAGGUUAAGGAGGAGGAAGUGCUUGGCCGUGGUCGGCGUUCAGCUGUGCUCGAGAGCAGAACCAGGACGGACGUGUCUUCGGAGGACAAGCGGCUGAAACACCAGAGGGAGCUGGCCACCAGGUUGAACGAGGAGGCCAAGGAACGACUGAAGGGAAUGAAAUCCGAUUCAGGGGAGAAAAAAGUGCGCAAGUCUAAUGUCUCCUAUAAGAGCUUCAACCAUUUCCCUCAAGAAUCAGAAGUUCGUGAUCUCAAGAUAUAUGUUGACAAGCGAUAUGAAACAAUCAUCCUCCCAAUAUUUGGCAGCCCCGUACCUUUCCAUAUCUCCACAAUCAAGAAUAUAUCGUCAUCUGUGGAAGGAGAUUACACGUACCUGCGAGUCAACUUCUUCCACCCUGGAGCUACCCUGGGAAAGAAUGAGAAUGCCUUCCAGCAGCCCGACGCCAACUUCCUGAAAGAAAUUACAUAUCGUAGCUCCAACACCAAAGAACCUGGAGAGAUCUCCGCACCCUCGUCCAAUCUCAACACAGCGUUCCGUCUCAUCAAGGAGGUCCAGAAGAAGUUCAAGACGAGAGAGGCAGAGGAGAGAGAAAAGGAGGGCAUUGUAAAACAAGACACCUUGGUGGUGAAUCCCAAUCGAGGAAAUGCAAAGUUAAAGGAUCUCUACAUCAAACCAAACAUCGUCUCUAAGAGAAUUUCUGGCACCCUGGAGGCUCACACAAAUGGUUUCCGCUUCACGUCGGUGCGAGGGGACAAGGUGGACAUCCUCUACAACAACAUCAAGCACGCAUUCUUCCAGCCCUGUGACGGGGAGAUGAUCAUCCUGCUGCAUUUCCACCUCAAGCACGCCAUCUUGUUCGGGAAGAAGAAGCACAUCGAUGUUGCGUUUUACACAGAGGUUGGAGAGAUCACGACAGACUUGGGAAAACACCAGCACAUGCAUGACCGAGAUGAUCUCCAUGCGGAACAGGCGGAGAGAGAACUGAGACAGAGGCUCAAGUCAGCCUUCAAGAGUUUCUGUGAAAAGGUGGAGACAAUCACGAAACAGGAAGUCGAGUUUGACACACCCUUCCGAGAACUUGGAUACCAUGGCGCCCCCUUCAGGAGUACAGUUUUACUACAACCCACCAGUGGCUGUCUUGUCAACCUGACGGAAUGGCCUCCAUUUGUGGUGACCCUAGAGGAGGUGGAACUGGUGCACUUUGAGCGAGUCUCUUUCCAGUUGAAGAACUUCGACAUGGUGUUCGUGUUCAAGGACUACAGUCGCAAGGCUUCCAUGAUCAACUCCAUCCCCAUGAACAUGCUCGACCACGUCAAGGAGUGGCUCAAUUCCUGUGAUAUCUGCUACACUGAGGGUGUUCAGAGUUUGAACUGGGGAAAGAUCAUGAAGACAAUCACCGACGACCCGGAGGGAUUCUUUGAUAAUGGUGGCUGGAGCUUCUUGGGACCAGACAGUGAUGCUGAGGCAGACGAUGAUGACGAUGAUGAAGAAGAUGAGCACUACCAGCCAAGUGGGAAUGAGACUGAAGUUGAAAGCAGUGACGACUACAGCGAGGAGAGUGACUGGAGCGGGGAGGAUGAUACGGAAGAGGAAGAACUGGGUUCGAGUGAGGAGAGUGGCAAAGACUGGGAUGAACUUGAAGAAGAAGCCAGAAAAGCUGAUGCUGGUAUUGAGGAGGUGGUGGUGGACCCCAGACACAGUCACCCUAGCAAGCACCGGGAUAAGGACCGUGGACGAGAUCGGGACCGAGGACGAGAUCGGGACCGAGGUGGAAAGGAUCGGGACCGAGGUGGAAGGGAUCGCCAUCAUAAGAGUAGCAGCAAGAGCAGUCACCGAGACGAUGAUAGGAAACGAAAACGGCAAUCAAGUGACAGGGGUGAUGACCAGAAGAGGAAGAAGAAGAGGUGAAGGAUGAAUGAGGAUUUCAUCUCCAAGAUGAUUUGUUUUGUAAUUAAAAGAGACGAUUGACUGGGAGGUAAGGGAUGAUUGCUUCGACAGAGGGUCGUCUUUUGUAGUCAGAGGGCAGAACCUAAACAUGUCUAUUAUGUACUCCGUGACUGUUCUUGAUCUUGUCCAUUACAUAGUGUAUUAAAUCAUGACAAAUUGUGCUGUAGAAAAAACAUACUACAAUGUGAUUGUACAUUUGAAGCUUACAUGAUUGAUAUUGAAAGGGGAGGAUUACUGAAGAAAUAGUUGAGGAUUACUGAACUUCUCUCACCUUGAUUACCUUCUAAAUAUAAAAACUAGUAAAAUAUUUUAAAGGACUUAAGUCAGCCAACCAAUAUCUACCAACUUGUAUUAGACUUGAUGUCAGCAUCGCACAUCAUGGCAUCAGUAGAAUCACCCACACAUCAUAAUAGCCUUCAUUAUCAUUUUCUGCGUAGUGUUUCCGAGGACCACUUUUUAUAUCUUGUAAAGGUUUUACAGUUUUAGUGCUCAGAUCAAAGUUCUGUGACCGGUGAAACAGGGCUGUAACGAUACAUUUUGUGUGACAUAAUAUGUAUCCCUCGUGUGAUAGGACGUGCAUCAUUUGUGUGGUACGGCACGUAUCAUUUGUAUGACAUGUAUGCCGAUGUUAAGAUUGCAGUACAAUACUUGAAAACCCGAUACUCGCCAUGUUGGGAACUCCAAGACUAUUGACCCAAAUCAAACAUUUAGUAAACUAAUUGAAUCGUCUUAACAAUGGUAUGGGAGCUCGUGCACAUGUGAGGGAAGAGUGUACCACAAUUCAUUGACAUACGUAACAUACUCGCUAUAUUAAUCUUUUGUAUCAAUACAUGACUAACAGAUCGUAUCAAGUGUGCUUUGUGACACAAAUCUCGGGUAGCUUGUUACAGCCCUAGUUACAGCCCUAGUUACAUUCGUUACCUGCAUAUGUAAAUACUCAGCUCACUGAUGGAUGCCAACGUGUAGAUAUGCUUCAAGAUUGCAGGUUUGUGACAACGGUUUCCAUCUGACCCUGUAGUGUGUGGCUCACACAACUUAUAAAACCAUGUCAAGUUCUGCAACAUGUAUCUGUGCUGUCAACCUGUCACAAUAAAACUGUUCCCAAAUCAAA